AUGGCAUCCUCCGGCCAGUCGUCCGAGAUCCCUCGCUUGGUGUCGCUCAUCAAGACUCUGACAAUACCGCAGUUGAAAGACCUUCUUCGAAAUGAGGGACUCCCCCUUAUCUGGUCUGAAAGCGGCCCUCCAAACCUAGAGCGUCUGUGUCAAUCAGAAGGGAACAGCAUCCGCUACGAUGCUUUGAAGAAACGCAUACAACAGGCCGGCGUGCCUGGGUCUCUUACCUUUCAGACUACACCGAAUCCACAGUAUCGAUCGCCUCAGAUAUCACAACAGACUUCAGCGCAAGUUCGAAAUGCCCUCGGUGGCUCAAUGUCACCUCGUACAAAUUCCUCUGGCUUGGCCAGUUUCAAGGAAAGCCCUUUCUUCUCAGUCAUCACUCCUCUCACCAAGCCCAUUGAGUGCCAGGUCCGAGAGUCUACCAGAGAUAACGUGGAGUUUAAGGUCUAUCUUUCCCCGCAGCACGUCAUAGAUAUGGAAAAGGACCCGAAUCUUCGUGUGAUGAUAUAUUGUGCUGCCGACUCAGGGUUGACUCCCUUUACUAAAUCCGAUAUCUCGUUCCCUCAUCAGGUCGAGUUGAAAGCCAAUCUUGACGAAGUCAAAGCCAAUCUUCGGGGCCUGAAAAAUCGACCAGGGACAACGCAACCUGCGGAUGUGACUGACUAUCUGCGGAAGAAACCCAACUAUCCAAACAAAGUCGUCAUGACCUACGCAUUAACCCAAAAGAAAUUUUUUGUUCUUGCUAACUUGGUCCGGCGACAUCCAGUGGAAGAGCUGGUCGCCCAGCUCACAUCCCGGAGGCUCAUAUCCAAAGAGCAAGUAAUACGAGAGAUGAAAAACCGGGCUGAGGACUCGGAUAUUGUGGCUACUUCCAGUAUCAUGUCUCUCAAAUGUCCACUUUCCACCCUCCGAAUUAAAGUUCCGUGCCGCUCUGUAGUGUGCACUCACAACCAGUGCUUUGACGCAUCUUCUUUCUUGGAGCUACAAAAGCAAGCUCCAACAUGGACUUGUCCUGUCUGCUCAAAGGCGACUAGCUUCGAAUCUUUACAAGUGGAUCAAUACGUGGAUGACAUUCUAAAAGCAACCCCCUCAGGUGUAGACCAGGUGGUCGUGGAGCCAAAUGAAGAGGGUGAUGAUGACCUGGUUGAGAUUAGCGAACCUGGCAUGGUUCCCGUGAAACAGGAGGCACUGCCGUCGAGUCUUUUACUCGAGCGGACACCAGCUCAAUCCCGCGAGGCGUCAACUCCGACGUCGGCUGCUCGCUUCUCAAGCAAGAAGAGGCCCGUCGCGCAGGUCAUUGAUCUCACAGGAAGCGACGAGGAAGAUGAAUCUCCAGCGCCUCCUCGGAAAAGACCAAUUACUAGCUUUCACCCCAGUCAACAAGGGAUGCCCAUUGCGGGCAGUCCUUUGAGUCAUAGACCCUACGGCCACACAUCCCACUGA